ACGCCUCUUCUUCCUCAGAGAGACGCCUCAACCCCCACCACCACCUCAAGAACACGCAGCCCCGCCACAUCCCAUUCCACUCCACGGUGAGGUUGAGCGAUCCCGAUCCGACGACGAAUUCUUCAGCACCAGCACCGGCGACGACGGCAGGUUUGCUCUCUGAACUUCUCUGAGACCUUGUUAGCGGCAGGAAAGAAUCAAGCGAGAAAUCUGCAAGGUCCAAAGCAGGCGUUUCUUCUCGGAUUAUUAGAUCGAAAGAAGCGUCCUUGCUCGGGGCUUUCUUGAUUUCUCGGCAGCACUCACCACUCUCCUAGCUAGGAGGAACAGAGAUCCAGAGAACCUUUUUUCUCUCCUGGAUUCUUGCCUUCUUUUUUCAGCCUUCCUCUGCCUCGGUACGGCCGGAAAGGGUUCUUUUGCAAUACCCUUCUUGUUCGUCCGAUUUAUUUUCCCCAGCUCCCUUUGUUUCUCUAAUUUUAUUGAGGAACGGGGAAAGCUCCCUUUUUUCCAUUCCAUUUUUAGCUCAGCCUCGAUCUUCUUCUACCUCUGCCGAUCCAAGCCCUCAUGGCCGCAGCCAUAGACAUGUACAAGUAUAACACCCACCAGAUCGCCUCCUCUACCACCACCUCUGCUUCGGAUCAGGAGCUCAUGAAAGCGCUCGAACCUUUUAUCACGGGCGCUUCCUCUCCCUACCAGUAUCCCUACUACUCCCCUUCUUCCUCCUCCAUCACCCAAGAUUCUUCUUACAUGGCCACUCCAUCCUCCUACGCCUCUUACGUUCCCACCGCCGCCGCAACCACCUCGUCGUCUUUCUCGCAGCUCCCGCCGCUCUACUCGUCGCAGUACGCGGCGUCGGCCGUGAACGGGCCGAUGGGGCUGGCUCAGCUCGGCCCGGCCCAGAUCCAGCAGAUCCAGGCCCAGUUCUUCGUCCAGCAGCAGCAGCAACAGCAGAGGGGCCUGGCCGGCUCCUUCCUCGGCCCGCGCGGCCUGCCGAUGAAGCAGUCCGGGUCGCCACCGCGCGCGGCCGCUCUGGCGAUGGCCGGGGUGGUGGCCGCGCAGUCGAAGCUCUACCGCGGCGUGCGGCAGCGGCACUGGGGCAAGUGGGUGGCGGAGAUCCGCCUCCCCAAGAACCGGACCAGGCUGUGGCUCGGCACCUUCGACACCGCCGAGGACGCCGCGCUCGCCUACGACAAGGCCGCCUUCCGCCUCCGCGGCGAGCAGGCGCGCCUCAACUUCCCGUCGCUCCGCCGCGGCGGCGCCCACCUGGCCGGCCCGCUCCACGCCUCCGUCGACGCCAAGCUCACCGCCAUCUGCCAGUCCCUCGCCGCGCCCUCCUCCAAGAACGGCGCGGAGCCGGAGUCCCCCAAGUGCUCGGAGUCGACGGAGGGCGAGGACUCCGGCGUGUCCGCGGGGUCUCCUCCUCCACCGCCGCCCGUCCCGGAGAUGGAGAAGCUGGACUUCACGGAGACGCCGUGGGACGAGUCAGAGACCUUCCACCUGCGCAAGUACCCGUCCGUGGAGAUCGACUGGGACUCCAUCCUCUCGUGAACAUGAAGCAACUGCUACUACUAGUACAUACAGUCUUCGUUAAGCUCCGUAGCUAAGAUGUAAUUUCAUUUCCAAUUGGCAGCGGCUCUGGCUCGAUGGCAUUUUAGACGUCGGCCAUGGCGGUUGCGACUAGCAGCAAGUAACUAGUAGCAGUAGUAGCCAGUGGUGUUCAGUAAGGUCGUUGCUACUACGUCGCCGUGUAACUGAUCUCCUGGUUGAUCUGCCGGCUGUUUUUUCGCUCGGCAGGGCCAGUCGAGAGCUGUAAUCCUGUUUUAGCUACCAGUUCAGAAAUUCACUUGCUUAUGUAA